CUGUGUAAUUCGUGUGCCCGUAUGUCGUUUCUGUUCACCAGUACACUUCCCAGCACGUUUAUCUAGCCCAUCUAGAUAUUAUAUUUUUGUUUCUGCUGUUUGUUUGACUUACAUUUCUUACAUUUUCUUGAUUAACCUGCAUAAUAUACAAAAGGCACAACCAUGAUGACGGCGAUAGUACUAGUAAUGACGUCGAUUAUUACUAUGAUUAGUGUUCCCGGAGAAGCUGCCGACUUGAGACAAAAUAAGGAUAUUCUAGGAAGCACUCCAGGAAUCCAAGGUAGAUGCCCAAAGAUCGAAUCCGCAGAAUAUCUGAAAGUAACCGCGAUGGGUUCGGGUUCUUUGUUUAUGGUUGGCUGUGCCUCCAUCGACUACAAUUCUAGUGACACUAUGAUACAAUCAUUCAACCUGUGGAUUGGCAGUGUACAACACGGAGGUCAACGUUGCGAUGACCAGGUGCGCGCCAAUUCAGGCAUGAAACAUUUUCAUUUUGACUGUCUGUCAGAAUCAUCCUCGCCGUCAGAAGACACCAACAAUGGACCUAUGUUCGUUAGGCUUAACGGUAUAGCUACCAACAAGGGUGGAAGGCCAGAUCAAAGAUGUGCCUUGUACGAGCCUGCCAGCUGGAACGCCACUACAUUCCGGAUGGCGGUUAGCGGAAACGCUUCCUGUGAUGGCUUGUCAGACAUGCUGUACCACCCGCAGCUAAUGAUCCCUAAGACCAAGAAAGGGUCCAUGUUGAUGCUAUCUAACCCACAGCUGAUAAUCCCUGAGUCCAACAAAGGAUCCAUGUUGAUUCUGUUGAACAGGGCCAGAUUCUACACUCCAUCAACAUCACCACCGGUUGAUACGACAACCACUGAGUCAAUGGAUACGGUAAUCUGGAAGGCACCGGAUUGCAUUCUAAAGGAUUUAGAAAGUCAACCCAACCCGAGUCCAGUGGUUCAAGAUAGUGGCAAAAGUGGUGUAAAUGACGAACGUGGUUCUCAGUCAAAUGAGAAUAGCAAAGUUGAUGUCACCAGUAUGUCUACUACCGAGGACAACAAUAGAUCACGCCUACCACUUCCAAAUCCGGUCAUGGAAAUACUCUUGUCAUUAGAGUCCAGGCGUAAGCGCUCAUUAAACCUAACAUACACAGAUUAUUCAGGUUUCAGCUGGAUUCAAGGUUUUUAACAAAAAUUUUGUAAUUUUUUAAACAUUUUGUAUCCUUACCUGGACAGUGGACAUAAAUAAUGAUUAUAAAAAUAUAAUAAAUAAUUAAU